CUAGCCGCUCCUCUCUGACUCGCACCUCCCUGUUUAUUCCAAUCACCUCCACUUUUACUUUCUCCCAGCCCCUUGAUAACUAGAUUAAAGGGGAUUCACUUAUUUAAAGACUUGAGAACAAAAGCUCUGCAGUUUAUUUCUGGAUCAUCCAAGAAUACAACUAUAGCAGCAGAGCUCGAGGCUCCAGAGGGAUCUAAUUGAAGUAAGUUACCUUUGCUUUGUGGGACAGUGUUGUGUAGUAGAGCAGCCAGUCAGAGGCUUAGUAGGUCAGCUCAGCAUUGUCUUUACCCUCCGUGCCACUCGGCUGGGAUCACACUUUCAUCUGUUGUACUGGGAGUUGCUGCACCAAGAGGCUCCCUGCACAACUCCAUCAUGGCUCUCAGGCUCCUGCCUGCUUUUAUAACGGACAAUGAUGAGGAUGAUGAUGGCAACUUCACUAAAUGGAUGAGCAGUUAUUGGGGUCACGGAGCAGAAUCCAGACACUCCAGGGAAAGAAAACGCAGUUUCAGAAGACCUUCGAAAACACUGCCUGAUCGAAGAGCAUCACUCCCGACUGUGUCACAAUUAGAUGCCAUGAAGUUGAACCGGCUCCAUGCAGCGGCGAUGGCAGCCACCCCGAGCCACAUCAAAACAAGAGAGGAGAAGGGGGAGGUCCGGCCCCACCAGAGAGCUCGUCGUGCCUCCUCAGACGACAACAGCCGCUCCAAGUCAGCCAUCCCAGAGAACCGCAUCACCACCAUCCCAGAGCUCACAGAGUCCUUCGAAAGGAGACUUUGUCUCCGUGAUAAGAAGACCAUGUCUCUGAAUGAUGACGACGAGCUGUGCCUGAUCUGUCAUGAGGACAUGCGGAUGAGUGGAGGGGGAGUCCAAGAGCUGCACUGUACACACCGCUUCCACAAAGAGUGCAUGGAGCAGUGGCUGUGGAAGAAACAGAUGUGUCCCACAUGUUGUGUCUAUCUGUCCAUGCUGAAGCCCCUCUACUGGUCCUCGUCCCGCACCAAAGUCCCAUAACGGUCCUGUGCCUACACACCUGCCAUGUCUGCAUGCCCAUGUGACCCACUGACCCUCAGUCCUCCUGCAUGAACACCCGCUGCUCCAGUUGGUCAGGGUUUAGGAGGAGCAGACUUUAAAUCAUCUUCUGUCAUGGGAGGGCCCUCAGUUAGAGAGAGAAAUUAUAAUUUGGUGGUCUCACACUGUUAUAAGAAUAUAAUGUUCUGUUCUGUGAUCGCCCUAAUAUGAGAGGUUUUGUCUUUUUGUCUUUAUUUUGUUAAAAACAUCUGGAGACACUGCAUUAAACCUGCACUUUUAUUUCUUUAAGAUUAUUAAAUUUUUUAAUUAUCAAUUUCUCUACAAAUUAUUUUGCUUCCUUUUUUCUUUUUGCGUUUUUGCACAUCUCAUUUACCUUAAAGGAACGAUUUGACCCUUUUAGAAAUGCGCUUAUUGGCAUUCUUACAUAGCGUUAGAUGAGAAGAUGCUGACAUGUCUAAGACUGAGGUUUACCUUUACUUUGGAAAAAAACAAAUAUCUUGAAAACAGACUUAAAGCAACUACAAGGAAUAUUCAUUUUGUGUUGAUUCUGGUGACCCCUGUGGACAAAAGCAGUAGUGUUUGUACUGCUUCAUUUCAUUGAGUUCAAGGGGAAACGGGGGCAGACAGUAAGAAUAACUAUAUAGAAAAAAAUAAUCUUCUUUCUGAUUGUUUGUUUGUGUACGUCAUAUAGAGGCAUUAGUAUUAAACUGAGUUGAAAAAAACUCGUAGUUUAAUUUGAUUAGUUUAGUCUCCUUUUUCUGACAAGAACAAAGUUACUGUUACUAACAGAAUGUCCAUAGUGUGUUCAGUAUUUGCAUAUUCAGACUUAUUGUGGGCAGUAUUGGUUUUAUGUAUUGCAGACUCAGUCCAGAACUAAAUCUUGUGGAAGUAUCUGAUAACAGCAUGGACAUAAACUAAAAAUACUCACAGCUUCAUGAUGACUAGCUUUGCUGAUGUGAAAGUGAGUGAGUGCACCCACCUGUGUAAAUAAACUUUACACUGAAGUUAUAAAAGUGAACUCCUGAAACAAUGAGCUUCUCUGUCACACCCCGUUUUCCAUCUGCUCCACCCUCCUGCCUUAUCUAUGCUUAUAUUGUUUUGCAUGUGAAAUAUUUUGCAUGUGAGGUCUAAUCCACUGUCAUCUCUGCACUGUUGUGUAUCUUACACUGCCAAAUGAGAGUCCAACAAAAUCUGACUGCCUGUAUAUACAUGUAGUCGCAAAAAUAAGCAAUUGUGUGAAUGUGAUUUUGUUUCUAGUUAGUAAAAGUUGUCUUUCCGUGUACAGGAUGUAUAUCAGUACUAUUAUUUCAUGUGAUCUUAAUUCAUUUACUAACCAGUAAACCCUGGUAAUCUGCUGUGGUCUUGCAGGGAUAUUAUGUCCAACCAAAAUUAAUCUGUUUCUGCAGCACGGACGUUUGUUAGGAUCAGUAUAAUGGAUGGAAUAACUGGAAGGUAUCCAAGUGAUUUUUAAAUCUCUCUAAACAGUGAAUGACAUUGUAACUAAGCUACAUUUACUGUCCUCUCUGAGAAAUAUAAAUGUGUCUUUUGGAUUGUCUUUCAUACAUGACAUUAAACUUUAUUGAUGUCCUACAUUUUAAAAGAUCUUGACUCCGAACCAAAAAUACAGAAUAGUUUCACACUGCCAAGACUUAAUAUGCUGAAGUAAUACUCGAAGAUCAACACUCAACGAACCUUCAGCUGCUACGUUCACUGUUUCCCUGAGAACAAACUGCUGACACACAGCACUGUUUUCCACUGUUGUGGCUCUUAAAUAAAAACACACUGACGUGACA